AUCGAAGGUCGCUGCUUGUCAAUUUGGCACUACGCCCGGUUAUAUCGUGUUCUUCUGUAAGUGAGCCGGCUUUGGAUAGCUGAGCUCGAACCAGGUCAGGAAAUGUUCAAAUCUCCUUACAACAUCGAUAUUCCUCUUAUCGAUGUCAAUACCUUUGUCUUCCAGUCUGGGAGUAAAGCUUCACGGGAGGCACCUCAAUACUUCGACGCCGACACACCUGCAAAAUGUUUUAGUCUCGCUCAGGGUGAAAUCUAUUCGAAAAGAGUAGCUCUUGGAUUACAACAACUUGGCCUUAAAGCCGAUGAGCGCCUUCUGCUAUACUCCAACAAUCGACUUUUCUUUCCGGUUGUGAUUUGGGGAACAAUUGCGGCAGGAUGCAUUUUUUCUGCAGCAUCUCCUUCGGCUUCGGCAUCGGAAUUGGCUUACCAGCUGCGGGAUUCCGGAGCGACCUUGCUGCUCACUGGACCGGACGGGAUUGCUGUUGCUCUCAAUGCCGCUUCUGAAGUAGGGCUAUCGCGGAACAGGAUUUUGGUGUUCCAUGAUCCAGACGAGGAUCUCUCGUCGUACAACCUUCACGGCUUGAAUUCGUGGACAAAUAUCUGGGCGUCUGAAGACGCUGUUCGACAUUGGUCUUGGAAGCGCCUAGCUACCAUCGAAGAAGUCGACGGAAAGACGGCGAUUAUCAACUAUUCCAGUGGAACCACUGGGCUUCCAAAAGGGGUGCAGAUAUCUCACUAUAACCUCGUCUCCAACUCGGUACAACUCCUGUUCAAGCGGGCUUUAGUUGGAAGCACACCACAAGCACAUGCUCGCAAGGAACGACUCGACGUCUCUGGGGAGCGAUGGCUAGCACCACUGCCCAUGUAUCAUGCCUAUGGUCAAACCUAUUACGGUAUAAAUGCUGCGGUAUUGGGAGCGAAGGUUUUCAUAAUGUCAAAAUUUAACGUCACAAGAUAUUUACAGUACCUUGAUGCCUAUCGCAUCACAUUCAUGACAGGUGUGCCGACUGUCAUCGCAAUGUUGUGCAAGCAAGACGCUCCCGAACGAUACAAUCUGAAAUCUCUCGAGCAAGUCGUGAGCGGUUCAGCACCCCUUGAUCCCAAGCUAGGGAGACUCCUUGCGAAGCUGUAUCUUCGACCCGGUGUGCAGGUAAAGCAAGGCUGGGGGAUGACAGAGUGCACCUGUUCCGCGACUGGUUUCUCCCCAGACGAGGAGGAUGAUGGACGCUCAAUUGGUUGGCUGAAUCCCAACUGCGCGGCGAAAAUUGUCCCUGUAGACGAGGAAUUGAGCAGUUCUACCGCGUCUGGGCAGAAGACUGGUGAAAUAUGGGUAUCUGGGCCGAACAUCAUGAAGGGAUAUUGGAACAAGCCUGAGGCUACUGCACAAACCAUUGUCCAAGAGGAUGGCCACCGUUGGUUGAGAACUGGUGAUAUCGGCUACUGCGAUGAUCAGGGAAAGUUUUAUAUUGUUGAUCGUCUAAAGGAACUUAUCAAGAUAAAGGGUCUUCAAGUUUCACCAACAGAGCUUGAGUUGACACUUCUCAACCACCCUGAAGUGACAGACGCAGCUGUCGUGGGUGCCAUUAUAAAUGGGGAGGAAUACGUUCGGGCAUUUGUUGUCCGCAAGAGUGAUACACUCACCGCGAAAGAACUCUUCGAGAUGAUCCAGAAGAAUUUUGCUCCUCACAAAUGGCUAACCGGAGGUAUCUACUUCAUCGACGCAAUCCCAAGAACAGGCAGCGGAAAGAUUAUGAGGCGAAACCUGCCUCAAGUGCCGUCAACCCGGCCUUUGAAACUGUGA